AUGAUCGUGACGACACCGUUAGGCCCUCUGUGUUGGAGGUUCACGACCGCCGAUGAUGCUUCUUUCUCCUCGUCACGCGAUCGUCGCACGCCUGACGGGUGUGGUCGUGACACCUACAGCCAGGAGGAGAUCCUUUCCUUGCGCCAGGAGAACGAGCGCCUGAUAGUGCAGGUCCGUGCUCUGCAGCGGGACCUGGAGGAAUCCAAGCGUCGCGGCAAGGAGGCGCUGGACCGACAGGCCGCCGAGCUCAUGGGCGGCUCGGCGCAGCACAUUGCGCGCAUGCAACGCAUGGACUCGGAGCUCAUCGCUGCCAAAGAAGCCCUCACUGGUGCGACGAGUGCUCGGAGAAUGCAAGAAAGCGAGAUGUCCAUCAGAAGUCUCGCCGGGGAACGAGAGGUCGUGGAAAGAGAGCGUUGGAACCUGCUGAAACACGUGCGAGAAGAAAGCGAGCGGUGUGUUCAGCUAGCAGCCGAACUCGGCAGCAAGGACGCCAUGGUACGUCAACUUCAAGACGAAUUGCGUCAAACAAGGGACGAGAACACGCGCAAUAGACUUUCGAACCUGAGCUGCGGGGCGACGAGCGAUGCGGAAAGCGGACGCGACGGAGACACCGGCGCCGCAGCCACGGAAAACGGCGGCCCGAACCCGGGCGCCGCCGCCUCGACGUCAGCGUCGGGCGACUCGGGUUCGAAUCCCUCGGGCGAGGGCAGUCAGGCUGUGCCGGGUACCCCAAACGGCCGCACCAGCACCGAACGCGAUCCCGGGAUCCGAGGAAGCAGCGAUCGAGAUUCCGGCGUCAACACAGUCACUGGCACUUUGUCCGAUUCUGCCGCCAGUCAGGAAGGUGCGUCUGGUGGUCGGACUUCAACAGGGGAACCCAUUUACGGGGAGUGCACUAGUGGUGGGUCCGGUAGUAGUCACUACCAAGCUCCCUACUACUGCCAAACGCCGUCUAGCUACUACUCCUCUCAGUACUACAGGAAGGCUGCCCCGAGCCUUCUUUACGCCUCGAUCACUUCCCGAGACUUGAGCUCAUUGAACGUCGGCCAGCAGCAAGGCGGCGUCUUGUCUCGGUCCGUGGAACACAUUUACAGCGCACCCAUGGGACCCUCGCAGGACCCGCGAGAAGGCAAACUGAAGCCUCCUUCGAUGGGCAAGGGCUUGCUGUUGCAUCCCGGAGGAAACCCGUCAUCGUCCUCUGGUUCCAAGGGAUUCGGGCUUGGCAUGAAGGGAACUUGGGGUUCCAUUUCCCGCGUGUUCUCGCGCAACAAGACCCGAAAGGCCCUCGACAGCACUGCGUACUUCGAAGCCCAGUUGCAAGCUGAUUUGAACUCCAUCAACAACGAACGGCACAGCUGGUCGCCGCGCGGGUCCAUGUGCGCACCCACAUCGCCGACAUCCAGCCAACACAUGAUUCAGCUCACCGACAGCCCCUCGAACUCUGUGUACGCCGAGCCACAGAGCUACUCGGAAAAGCUUCGUCUGCUUGAGGAGGCACAAACGAUCCCGUUGGAACAAUGGCGAGCCCCGACGAUUCAAGCCUGGCUGGAAUUGUCGCUUGGAAUGCCGCAGUAUGCAGUAGGUGUCGCACAUAACGUCAAGUCUGGCAAGGUGCUGCUGGAGCUGUCUGACUCUGACUUGUGCAACGGACUCGGGAUCAGUCAACCGCUGCAUCGCAAGAAGCUUCGGCUGGCGAUCGAGGAACACCGGUGUCCCGCCAUCUGCUCGCAGUUUCCGAAAAUGGCGUCGUUGGGUCAUCCUUGGGUCGCGUUGCAAUGGCUUCAAGAUGUUGGCCUGCCUCAGAUUCUCAACGACAGGCGCCAGAGCUGCGAUGGAGUCGAGUUCCGCGACCCGCUCGUGUGGACGAACCAGAGAUUCAUCGAUUGGGUGCGCUCGAUCGAUCUGGGCGAGUAUGCGGAAAAUCUGAGAGAGAGUGGGGUUCACGGCGCUCUUGUGGUACUCGAAGAGUCCUUCACCGGAGAUACGAUGGCGUCGGCACUAGGGAUUCCCAACUCCAAGACGAUCAUCAGACGACACUUGGCCGCGGAACUGGAUGCUCUCGUUGCUCCUGCUCGAUCCACGCUGGAAGAGGAGAUCAAGAGGGCGAAGACUGAGCGUCGCCGAGCGGACAAGCUGUCGUUGGGCGGGUCUCUCGGGCGAAACUUUUCGCGCAGUUACGCUGGCGGUUUGCAGGAGAGCAGCACCACCAAGGAAAAAGAGAAGGACAAGGAAAACUCCAGGUCACGUACCUCCUUGCGAGGUUCGAUCGGGAAAGCCUUCGGGAUGCUGGGCAGCAAGUGUGAAGAGUUGAAUUCCCCUCCGGGUUCAGGGUUGCGGGCCGAGUCAGGCGUGGACUCCGAGCUCGGCGAUUACGUUCCCAAUGACGACAGUCUGUGUUCAUCGCCAUCCGAGCCCGGCUCGAAUAAGCCGCUGCCCGAUGGCAUCCGCGGACCCAAGUACCACCUGAAUGGUCCUAGGGACAGUCGGGGGCACCACCCACCCAGGCACCACAGCCUCAAGUCCACGAGCGAAACGGACUCAGAUAGCAUGCUCACCAUCACCCCGGUCUGAUUGCGAGGCUGUCUGGGAAUAAAGCCCCCCCCCCCCACCCCCUUUUUUUUUUUUUUUGCUUCUGUAUACCCAUGAAGAAGAAGUCGGUUUCUCGAGUUUCUCUUGAUUCGGGAGACUCUUGGUUUCGCGGAACAUUUCGGAGAACAAUAAAGCCUUGUUCUGCACGAAUACAGAAUGAAUUACGCCCAACUUGACCGCCCGAAACGAUAAUAUUUUUUGGGGGAUUUGUGAACGACUAAUUAUGAAAUUUGCGUUCAAGGAAGGUGGGACAUGGUGGGGCGAUGUUCAUCUCAAGAGUUUACUUAAGCAUUUCUGGUGAUGUAAGUGAACUUUUGGUCUGUUCGGGACAUGUCCCAGUGUGAUUCAUUCAUUUUAUUAAUUUUUCCUGGUGAUUUUUCGCAAUCUUCAUCUCGUCUAUUAUUUGGCAGACAAUAAUAAUUGUCCCGCGCGGAGAUGGCACAUCAUGAAACCUUGUCCCAAAUGUUCUCUUUAAGAGAAUGAGUUGGGGUGAUGCAAGGAUUUUUCCGUUGUAUGUUGUACCUUUCUUUGAAGCAAAUUUCAUAAUGUGGCCGUAAAUAACCCCCCUGAAAUGUUCACGUUUUAUCGGGUCUUGAGUUGAAGUGCGUGUUUCAUCCUGUAUUACGUUGGAAGUGCUUUUGUUUUUUUGCCUCCCAAGCAAACUCGCGGUCAGGUUCGUUCUUCUGGCGAUCAGUUCACUACAAGAAGGAAGAAUUGCUUCAUUCGCCCGCCCCUUUUGACCACAGGCGUCGGACUCAGUGUAGACCUUAGGAAGGAAACCUGUAUUCACCUAAAGAGGAAGGAACAUGGGAGAGUGUCGGAAGGGAUUUUUUAUUAUAAACUAUUUGAUUUAGGCUCGGAUGAUCGAUCUGUUUCCGUUGGGGUCUUUUUUUUUAAAUCUUUGUCUCGUUUAUGGAGAAUGGAAUGAAAGUUUCCGGUUUGUUUCGAUGUCCAAAA